AUGAGCUUAGAUACGGCUCCCGUGUGUGGCCAGCCCCAUCCCGCCUCCUGCCCUGGGGAGCGGGCGCGAUGUGUUAGUCUGUCUGUCUGCCUGGCGCUCCGGGCUCGCCUCGGCCCCGCGCUGCAGGCAGCUGUCCGCCAGGCGGCGCUGCCACCCGCCCAGCGGGGCGCUCUGCCGCGGCGCUCACGCUCGACUGCCCGGCGGGGGUGGGGCUUGGCCGCGCAGGCGCCGUGCGCCGCACGCCGCCGCGGCCUGUGUCCGCUCCGCGCUCCGCCAUGUACCCGGCCUGGGGCUUGUACGGGGCGGCCGGGCACUACCCGCCGCCCCCCACCUCCAUCCCGCCCCCGCCGCUGCCCAUCCCUCCCCCAGCGUGCCGCCUCCCGCCGUUCCGCCGAUGCCGCUUCCCAGCUACCCGCCGCCGGGGCCCGCGCCCCCGCCGCCGCGCCGCCGCCCGCCGGUUCCUCGGGGUUCCUGAGCCUGCAGGAGCAGCACCUGGCCCAGCUGCAGCAGCUCCAGCAGAUGCACCAGAAGCAGCUGCAGUCCGUACUCUUGGGUCCCCCGCCGCCGCCGGGCCCGCCCCCGCCGGGGCUGCCGCCGCCGCCGCUGCCCGGCUCCUUCACCGACUGGCAGCAGCAGCCGCCGGUGCCGCCGGUGCCGCCGCCGGUCCGCAGCUACCAGAAGCAGUACGGCCACCGUGAGCCGCCGCCGCGCAAGCCGCCCCCCGCGGCCCGGGACCGCGACGGGCAGGAGCCGGCGGGCGGGCACGGCGACUGGGGCGAGCCGGUGCCCGCCGAGCCGGUGCCCAUGGACAUGGAGCUG